AUGUCGAUCGUCCAGGAAACGGCUUGUGCCGUGAAUGGCCAGCUCGACCUGUUACAGCAGCAGAUUGCCUCGUCGUCGGGGACCCUCGUAUAUUCCGAAGAUGCCUCUCCCGUACCUGUUCGGCAACUGCAAAACGUGAUCGGCCUCAUCUCGGUGACUUCAAAGACACAGCCCUUUUUGUCGCCGAAGCGUCUCGCAGAUCUGCUGGAGGAGCCUGCCUUGACACACCAAGCGUCACAUUCCAGAGAGCUUUACGCGGAAAGUGAGCCAACAGUCAAUGAUGGAGAUGUGUCAAAUCAUUUGUGGUUGGUGGCAGCCAAGGCGGCCGUCCAAGCCUCGGGCCUCGUGAUGCACUCCCUGCUGGAUCAAACUCUCCAAUUACAGGAAGAAACGUACUACUGGAACGAGGUGCUUGGAUCGAAAUGGAACAGCAGUCUUUAUGCUGCCCAGACGACACCCGUACGGUUAUGGCACUGGUCUAAAGACCUGCCCUCGUUGCGGGACGCCUCUUCAAGGACCAUUUCGGAGUCCCUCGCAGCCCGAUGGGCGCAAUUUUACCAGAUCGCUCGGCGGAGCGUGUCCGAGUAUCCCGUGCCUCUUAGCUGGGCCUCCCCCAUCCGGUCUUGUCGCUCUGAAGCCCGUCGGAAACGAGAUCGUUUGUCUGCUAUGAUGGAUAUCCACACUAGCAGUCUGGGGCUUCUCAUGGAAAGCUGGCACUUUUUCCAGGCCGAAGACUUUGUUGUCCCGACCUCACAGUCAUCCCACACGCAAUGGCAAGAGACAGUCUCCCGCAUCGUGGUUCUCACUGAAGCAAUUGUUCGUCAAGCCACAGACUACUCAAAUGUGUCUGAGUUCGAGGAGCAAGUGUUCUCGAUGGUCAAAGAGGAGAAGUUCAGUGUGCACGUGCUGGACAGUCAAUCAUCAUCAACGCAAGCCCCGGUGGAUUUGAUCCACCGUCUUCUCAAAGUCCUCCGUGACCACCUCCCAGCUCAUUCGUCCACGAUGUCUACCUUUGUGGCCGCACACGGCCGACCCUCGCGAGUGACCCGGUACUGGAUUCCCGUAGUGAUGGUGCUUCUCUCGAGCAGCGCCUCAUUGAAGUUCCUUGCCCGUCGGCAGGGCGAGAUUUUGCAAUGGGUUGCCAACUUUGGUGCCACAAUCAUUGACUUUGGCAGUAACUGGGUUGUGGAGCCCGUUCGGAAACUCAUUGGGACCAUUCGUCAUGAUGAGAAGAGCGAAAUCGCCAUCAUGAGUAAGAAUAGUCUGGUAGCGGAUCGAGCCAGCCUCGAGCGGAUGGUUCUGGAUUUCGUUCGGGAUCGUCCCGACACAAGCCAGGGAGUGCCAUCUGCACAAGACACGGCGGCAAUCACAAACGCGGUCAAGGAAGGCGAUCUGACUCCUGUUCUGAAGGCGUAUGAGCGGGAUCUCCGUACACCUUUUGUUGGCACCGUGAAGGGAGACUUGGUACGCGCGCUGUUGAUUCAGAUCCAGAAAACCAAGGUCGAUGUCGAAAUUGCCAUCAGUGGUAUUGAUGCCCUACUGAAGAGUCAAGAGCUCGUCUUUGGAUUUGUUGGUCUCACUCCCGGCAUCAUGGUCACCUAUGCAUCCCUACGCUGGAUGGCUGGGCUUCUCGGCAAUCGUCGUGGGUUGAAAUUGGGCAGAAAACGCCAUGACGUUCGCCGAGGGUUUCGGAACGUCACUCGUGUUCUCACAUCUGUCAGAUCAUCGGAAGGAAUCAUGUCCUACAAGGAAUCGGGCCGCCUCAUUUGUGAAGCCGAAUCUUUACUCCUCAAAAUCAAGCAGGUCCUGGGAGGAGUUCAAUACCAAGAGUUCAGGGAAGAUAUUCAAGACUUGUUGAAUGUUGAAAGUGGUGUUGACAAACAGUUGCGCGUGGUGGACAGAAUGAGAUGGACAUAUUUCCAGUAA